CGGACCCGAGGCCCCUCUGCCUUGCCCAGGAGUUCUUUCUGUCUUGGGUCCAGUCCGUCCCACCCCGAGGUUCACUGCAGCCCCUACCCCCACUUGCUCGGCUCCCCCUGAGCUCUCCACUCUGCAGAACGCAAUGGUCACAACCAUCAAUGUCUCACGUGAGAUGGGGCAACUGUUCCAGCCCUAUGACUUCGAGACGACCCGGGACUUGAGGCCCUUUUUGGAGGAAUACUGGGCCACCGCAUUCCCCAUCGCCCUCGUCUACCUUCUGCUCAUCCUUCUGGGGCAGAACUACAUGAAGGCAAGGGAGGGCUUUCACCUGCAGCGGCCACUCGUCCUCUGGUCUUUCUGCCUUGCACUCUUCAGUAUUCUGGGGGCAGUGAGAACGUGGGGCUACAUGGGGACCCUGAUGCUCAGUGGGGGCCUAAAGCACACUGUGUGCUUCACUGACUACAUCGAGCACACCAUAAUCAAAUUCUGGUCCUGUCUCUUUCUUCUCAGCAAAGUCAUUGAGCUGGGAGACACGGCCUUCAUCAUCCUGCGGAAGCGGCAGCUCAUCUUCGUGCACUGGUACCACCACAGCACGGUGCUGAUGUUCACAAGCUUUGGGUACAAGAACAAAGUGCCUUCAGGCGGGUGGUUUAUGACCAUGAACUUCGGCGUGCACGCCAUCAUGUACACCUAUUACACCCUGAAGGCCGCCAGGGUGGCACACCCACGGCUGCUCCCCAUGCUGGUCACCAGCCUGCAAAUCCUGCAGAUGGUCAUGGGCACUGUCGUGGGCAUCCUCACUUACAUCUGGAGGCAGGAACAAGGGUGCCACACCACAACAGAACACUUCUUCUGGUCCUUCGUCUUGUAUUCGACCUAUUUCAUCCUCUUUGCUCGUUUCUUCCACCAAACCUACAUCAAGCCCCAAGCCAAAAUUAAAACCAAGAGCCAGUGACAGGUUGGGGAGAAAGAUGGCACAUCAGGCCCACCCUCUUCCCC